AAACCAGUCAGGAAACAAAAAGUCUCUGUCUUUGGCCAAUCUCAGCAACCAAAAGAAUGGAGAACCCAUCAUCAUCCAGAGACAAAGGUUUCUAUUUCCCAGAUAUUCCAGUAGAAGAAAUGGAUGGUUGGGUUAAGAAUUUGGUCUCUGAAGAAGAUAUGUUUAGCUCCUCUUCAACUUCAGAGCUUAUGAAUUUCGAAUCUUUUGCUUCAUGGUGCAACAGCCCUUCCGCUACAGAUAUCUUGUUCACUCAAUACGAUUUAUCGACCUCUCAAUAUAUUACGACUUUUGGUGGCUUAGAAGGCUCAUACGCUGGCGAAAAAAGACCGGUACAGGAGAUGAGCUCUCAGUUUUAUUGCCUAUCUGAUACCGAAAAGAUAAGCGGUAAACGAAGCAAAGGUAAUAAUCAGACGAGUAGUGUUCCAAGGUCAUUAAGCCACUCUCUUGAUGAGAAGUUGCUCAAAGCAUUAAGUUUGUUUAUGGAGUUCUCUGGAGAGGGAAUUCUGGCACAGUUUUGGACUCCUAUUAAGACAGGAGAUCAGUACAUGCUUAGUACUUGUGAUCAGGCGUAUCUGCUUGACUCGAGGCUAUCUGGAUACCGUGAAGUGUCGAGGAGAUUCACUUUCUCUGCAGAAGCAAAUCAGUGCUCUUAUCCAGGUCUUCCAGGCAGAGUCUUUAUCUCUGGAGUUCCUGAGUGGACAUCAAACGUGAUUUAUUACAAGACUGCUGAAUAUUUAAGGAUGAAGCAUGCACUAGACAACGAAGUCCGUGGUUCGAUUGCAAUUCCUGUCCUUGAAGCAUUUGGUUCUUCUUGUUGUACAGUCCUGGAACUUGUAACAUGUAGGGAAAAACCAAACUUUGAUGUGGAGAUGGACUCUGUUUGCCGUGCUCUGCAGGCCGUGAACUUACAAACAUCAACUAUUCCUCGUUGUCAGUACCUUUCAAGUAAUCAAAAAGAAGCUUUGGCUGAAAUAAGAGAUGUUCUCAGAGCAGUGUGUCAUGCACAUAGGUUGCCUUUAGCUCUAGCUUGGAUUCCCUGUAGCUACUCCAAGGGAGCAAACGGUGAAUUGGUAAAGAUUUAUGGCAAAAAUUCAAAGGAAUGUUCUCUUCUUUGCAUAGAAGAGACAGCAUGUUAUGUGAAUGAUAUGGAAAUGGAAGGCUUUGUGAAUGCAUGUUUGGAGCAUUAUCUAAGAGAAGGGCAAGGAAUUGUUGGCAAAGCACUCGUAUCAAACAAACCGUCUUUCUCAUCUGAUGUAAAGACAUUUGAUAUCUGCGAGUACCCUCUUGUUCAACAUGCUCGAAAGUUUGGUCUUAAUGCUGCAGUUGCUACCAAACUGAGGAGCACAUUCACUGGUGACAGAGACUAUAUACUUGAGUUUUUCUUACCUGUAAGUAUGAAGGGAAGCUCAGAACAACAACUUUUGCUGGACAGUCUCUCGGGCACGAUGCAGAGAAUAUGUCGAACUCUAAGAACUGUUUCAGAUGCCGAAUCAGCUGAAGGUACUGAAUUUGGAUUUCUUAGUGGAGAAAUGACAAAUCUCCCACAGGCUACUGUAUCCGAUGGAAGCUUUCAGACAACAUUUCCGGAUACUAACGUCAACUCUACUCGAAGUAACUUUUCGAACAUGUCCUCUGAUAAAAGAAAUGAAAUGGCAGGUUCUCAAGGCACUCUUCAGCAGGAAAUUAGCGGAGCAAGAAGAUCAGAGAAGAAGAAAAGCAGUACAGAGAAGAAUGUGAGCUUAAAUGUUCUCCAACAAUACUUCUCUGGGAGCUUAAAGGAUGCUGCAAAAAGCCUUGGUGUUUGUCCGACUACACUUAAACGGAUAUGUAGACAACACGGAAUCAUGAGAUGGCCAUCUCGCAAGAUUAACAAAGUGAAUAGGUCACUAAGGAAAAUACAGACAGUGCUUGACUCUGUCCAAGGUGUAGAAGGAGGACUGAAAUUUGACUCGGUAACAGGGGAAUUUGUAGCAGUUGGCCCUUUUAUACAAGAAUUUGAUACUCAAAAGAGUCUGUCUUCUCAUGAUGAAGAUGCACUUGCAAGAAGCCAAGGUGAUAUGGAUGAAGAUGCGUCAUUAGAGCCUUUGGAAGGUAAAUCUCAUGAUGGUGGCGGGGUCAAGUUGGAGGAGGAUGUUGAAACAAACCACCAAGCAGGAUCAGGAUCCUUGAAGGAGCCAUGGACUUGGAUAAGCAAACAGUCUGGCUUGAUCUAUAGUGAUGAUAUUGAUAUAGGAAAAAUGAGUGAAGAGGUAAAGAAGGAUAAAGACCUUUGUGUUCGUAGGUGCUUGAGCUCCGUAGCACUUGCAGGCGAUGAUAUGAAUACAGGAAUCGAGCGCGGUAAUGGAAUGGUAGAACCAAACCAAUCCAUAUCAAGCAGCAUGUCGGAUUCAUCAAAUAGCUCAGGAGCAGUUUUGUUGGGAAGUUCAUCUACUUCCAUGGAACAAAACUGGAACCAAAUAAGAACUCAUAACAAUAGCGGUGAGAGCGGAUCAAGUUCAACACUGACAGUAAAAGCCACUUAUAGAGAGGACACUGUACGUUUCAAGCUUGAUCCAUAUCUUGUUGGGUGUUCUCAGCUCUACAGAGAAGUGGCUAAGCGUUUCAAGCUCCAAGAAAGUGCCUUUCAGUUGAAAUACUUGGAUGAUGAAGAAGAAUGGGUGAUGUUGGUCACAGAUUCUGAUCUCCAUGAAUGCUUCGAGAUAUUUAACAGUAUGAGAAAACAUACAGUGAAGUUUCUGGUCCGUGAUAUACCUGGAGCCGCAAUGGGAAGUUCUGCAGGUCAUGUCUCCCCUAAUUUCACACCGAUGGAUUCUGUCAACAUCGGCCAAGGAGGGCACCAAGACGGCGGCGAAGGAUGCGAGAACGGGAAAGAGGGUAAUGAAGAGAGGGGCAGUGAAAAGUGACGAGCCAAUAGCAGCGUUGGUGUGUUUCCAUGGCUGGGACAAACGUCGCCAGAGGAUGAUAGAUUAAUCUCUCUGUUUCAACGAUAUCACGAGCAACAGGUACAUAUCUUAAUUUCCUUCUUUUUGAAUAUAGGUUUUUAAUUAUU